AUGCCGUUGUUCUGGUUGCUGCUCGCGGCCUCCUUCUUCCCGCUUCGGAGCGAUUGCAGUUGCCGUGAUGGCUGCGAACUCGCCCUGGCUUCCUAUUAUGUCACCGACAAGCAGAACGCUACGUACAUCGCCUCCCUGUUCGAAAUCCCCUUCGGGGAUAUCGAUAACUCCUUCAGGCCUUACAACCCUGACUUUUCCAAGGACAGCAUACAGAUGAACUCAAGGAUCUCAAUUCCAUUUCAAUGCGAUUGUAUCAACGGCGAAUUCCUCGGCCGCAGCUUCCCGUACACUACCGUGGUGGGGGAUACAUAUGAAAGGAUCGCUUCGGAACAUUACCACAACCUGACGACGGUGGAGUUACUUACACAGACGAACGUCUAUGAGGUGACACAGAUCCCUAACAAUGUAAAGGUCAACGCAACAGUGGCAUGCUACUGCGGCGAUGCAGAUAUAUCUAGGGACUAUGGACUCUUUGUAACAUAUCCCCUCCGUCCCGGUGACACGCUGGAAUCCGUAGCUAGAGAAGUUGGGUUUUCCGAUUUGGAUAUGCUGCGAAGGUAUAACCCCGGCGCUAAUUUUAGCGCUGGUCAAGGGAUUCUGUACGUGCCUCGUAAUGGUGAGUUAUUUUGAUGCACCUACUCAUUUUUUUCCAAUUUUACAUCAUAUUUUAUGCAUGCUGAGAUUCAUUCCACCAGUCAUCAUUUUUGGUGUUUGGUCCACCAAUUUUGUAAACGCAGAGAACACAAAUUCAGUAAACAUUUAGAGUUUACAGUGAAUAGAGCUUCUGUAGAAUUAUGGAGAAAGGGCACUAAGUUAAAUACUAAUGUUGAUGUCAAAUUCUCCUCAUGGAAAGGUGAUUCUGUAGACUGUUUUGGGAGAAACUGAGAUACUCACCGUGGUGGAGUUAAUUUCUGGAAUAUGCUGACUACAAAAGGAUUAUAAGCCAAAAUCGUGAAACGUUUGAACAAGGUUUCCUUUAGGUCGAACAUAAGAAACUUCAGUCGUGUUAUGUACUGCCAUAUCCUUCUCAUAUAUAGUUUCGUAGUUCGAAAGGGAGUUUAUGCUGUAUCAGAAAGUUCUUCUCUACGUAGGAUAUGAAAUUGAUCUGGGAUUGCCUCCAAUCAACAAUCAUAUGUGUCCGCAUAACCCCAUUUUUAAUUUUUCUAUCCAUUUACUAUUACAUACUCACAAUGAAUAAUUAUCGGGAUUUUAGUAAAUCUUCGCGUUCAGGACAUUGGUGUCAUCCCAGCUGACUGAGUUUAAUCUUUGACAUUGUCACAAGUGAAAUCUAAUCUCUUUCUUUGGUUAUGAGCUGCCAUUUUGAAGGUUGCUGAUAUGUUCCAUUUGAAGCGUCCAAUAGUUUUCCCUGUUUGGUGAUUUUCUUUACGUUCCAUGCUGUUCUUCCAGUGAUAUUUCCUUCAUUGCAUUGAUAUAUCGCUAAAUCAAUGCACGUAAUUUUAUAAUUUUAUAAUUUUCUAUUUACGACGGCACAAUUUGUCUGAUACCUGGAAAUCGUUCUAUUUGAAUUAUAAGCAAAUAAAGAUAUAGAGAGAUUAAACUCAGGGUUAUUCUAAACGCUGGGAGCUUAAACUUAUGAUUGUAAGAAAAUAUGUUGCUUCUUACAAUCAGGGUUAUUCUAAUACUGGUAAUAAGCAAUAUAUUUGAGAUCUUAUCUCGUAAAUGUUUGGGAUGGUGAGCACUAGUGCAAGACAUCUGAGGCUCUUUUAUUCAUUUAGUAUGUGAGAUACGCCAUGGGUUUUUAAAAUCAUAUUUCUCGUGAUAACUCAGAGAUGUCGCUUUAAAGUCAACGCUUAGCUCGAGUUUAACUUUCCUUGUCUCUAGUUGGCAGAUAUCUCCCUGAUUAAGUUGCUGACGUAUCUACAUACUCUGACCCGUGCAAAAAUGUAGGUGUGACGUCCUGGGAAUUGAGAAUUCAGUAAACUUUCCAUAUCAUGAUAAAGUUCUUGUUAAUUCCCUGGUAUUGCACUGGCCUUUUUAUUGAUACUUUUGUUGUGAACUACUACGUGAGAAAAUUGCGGGAUGAUAUUACUUUGCAGCAGUGGUGCACACCAUUUCAUCACAAAACGGCAUCUGCUGCCCUGUCAAGGAUUUAACUUAUAGAUGUUGAAUGCCAUGUAAUUUAGUGCUUCCAAUGCCCUAGGAUGGUUGACUAUUAUGGAACAUUUCGCUGGACAUAACUAACCAUAUAAGUUUGAAAGGUCAAAGCAUGAAUGUUAGCACUCUGUUUCGACAGAAACGCAGCUACUAUGUCGAUAGUAAGUUCUGUGAUUUCUUGCAGGCACCAUUGUAUAUGUUUGCGCAAGUAACAUGGGACUCUCAUGUGUUUUCCCUCUUAAAAUGUUCAUCCCAGAAAAUGAUUUUAUUUAUUUCAGAACGAAGCCUCUGUUAAUUUUUCUCCCUAUUUUACCUUUGUUUUGCAGAUACAAAUGGAAGCUUUCGCCCUCUAAAAAGGUAUAAAUUUUUUAACUGUUCUUCCAAGUUUAUCUUUCUUCAAGCAAAGUCAUUGUUAACCAGUCUGACGAUAAAUGUCCAAUGUCUUUUACUGUUUUGCAGGACAGGUGGUUAUAAGAUUAUUUAUGUUUCCUUCGUAUUUUUUGGCUGUCUGUUAUUCAAACCAAGUUUUAGAUCAAGUCAUGAUACGUUGAGGAACUCUAUCAGAGCUCAUGGCUGAAACUUUAUUGGUCUAAUUGGAUCGACAGCAGGACUUUCACCAGGAGCUAUAGCUGGAAUUUCUGUGGCUGUAGUAGCAUCGCUGUUCAUCUGUCUACUUAUGUGGAUUUAUUACAGAGUAAAGAAAAGAAAGAGAGGCAUAUUACUAUCAUCUACUGCUGGAGAUAACUUCCACGCAAAUGGAGUAGGUAAAACAUUGUUUGGUUAUCCAUUUAGAUGUUAUUGAGGUAGCCAAAAUCUCUUUGAGAUUUGAAAGUUUGAGUUAUGAGAUAGUCAAUUUUCUAAUUUAUGUAUGCGAUUCCUCCAUCAUGCUCUUAUGGCCUUUUGAUACAUAUGCUUAAAUGAUACUCACUAGAGUGCAAAUUGCGCAUGUGCAUGUACACCACAACAUGAAAAUGGCUAUGUGGUGAAGUUGGGACUUUUUCCUGUCGAUUAUAUCCUACAAGAGACAUAAUUGCGAAUUUUUUUCCCUUCCAAUAUCCGUUGAUGGUGACUGUGGUUUCCGGAUUUGUUUUCUGUCUUCCAGGUCCUGUAUCUUCAUCAGACGAAAUUUAUCAACAUCCCAAAGUUGAAAUGAGAUCCUCAUUUUCCGGAAUUCAGAUGGACAAGUCAGUGGAGUUCUCUUAUGAAGAACUUGCAAGUGCUACAAAUGAUUUUAACAUGUCUAAUAAAAUUGGUGAAGGUGGCUUUGGUGCUGUUUAUUAUGCAGAGAUUAGAGGAGAGGUUUGCUACAUAGUCAUGUGCUUAUCCUUGCACAAAUGUUUUCUCUUGCCAAGUGUUACAUCAUAUGCUUGUGGAACGUUAGAAUUUUUCCACCACAUGAGAUCUUCCUUAGUGAACGUGCAUAAUAUUUACUCUUGGCAAGGCUAUAUAAUUUCUAAUCUGCGGAUUCUGAAUUCUGGCAUUGACAAGAUGAAUUGUAGUAGAUUUAUCCCAUAAACCAUGAUAAUUUGGUUUUGAUGUGAACUCUGAUGAUGAGCACAUUAUGAAUGAAUUUAAAAUACAAUUAAUUUUCAAUUUACAUAGCAUCAUUGAUUUUUCUUCUGAACGUUUGUGGGAUAUGCAAACUGCGUAGCUAGCAUCUUAACCUACCUGUUUCAUGCUCGAGUGCUGAUUUGUCAAUAGGCGUAAGUGAACUUGCAAAACCUCUCGAUUCUGUAAGGAUUUGAAGAUUGGUAGACAAGAAAAGCUGUUUUUGGUUGAUAGGACGGCGUGGACUUGUGUCGUGUCCCCUGUUGUUGGAGCAUCUGUGCUAGAAAAAAGUACUUGGGGGAGCAUCUUAUGCUAUAACCCUCGUCAUAGUAAAUAGUUGACAUCAAACAAUGAUAGAGUAAACACAAACGCAACCAAUUUUAUUUUUUUUCAGAAGAUCCAGAGGGUUAUUCCUAGAAUCUGUUUUCGAAUGUCUGCCAAUACUGUGUAUAUUGAGUCUUGAGAAUGGAAGACAUCAGUACACAGGCAUGCUGACAUGUGUGUGCAGGAGAACAUUGAGGUGCAAGGCACAGCAGAAAAUGUAACGAAAAUCUCGCUAAAUUAAAUGCAAAAUAGAGACUAGAAAGAAGGAAACAAGUUCUGUGCUUUCAGCCCCAAGAAGCCAUCCCAAUUUCAUUCUUAUAUUAUGAAAUCUUCUGUUAUAUAUUAGUAUGCCAUAUCUACAGUUUAUUCGCAGCAAAAGUUCCGAGAUUUUGUCUUAAAAAAAGUCAAAAAAUGUGUGCAUGCGUGUGUUCUGAGAGAAGAAAACUCAUCCUAGAAAGCUCAUAUUCAGUUGAAAAGUUCCGGGCUUCACUUUGCCUUUAUAAUGAAUGUGGUUUUCUACAGUGCAGAUUGAUAUUGAGAUUGAUUCAUUUAAGAAACGGAACUGUUUUCCUUAUUCAAUCAUUAUCUAUACGAAUACUUACUCAUUAAUCAUUUAUCUGUAUCUAUAUGAAUAACAUUGACGGUCUCCUCCCAAUACUUUGAUCCUUACUCCUGAGGGCAUAUUUGGGAUCAUGGAAACAUCAAUUUGGCAGAUGUAUUGCAUUUUAUCUUUAAAUUUAAUUUUCUUGCAAAUGUAACCAUCUUUCUGGACUUCUCCAUCGAUGUCCUCUGACCAUAGAAUUUUUAUUUGGGUCUUACAGAAAGCUGCAAUUAAGAAGAUGGCUAUGCAGGCAACUAAAGAAUUUCUUGCCGAGCUGAAUGUCUUAACACAUGUUCAUCACUUGAAUUUGGUAUUAAAUUUACGUUGUUUGUUUUAAUGUUGAAGUUUAUAUGUUACUUUCCGACGUGCAUUCUUCGUAUUUCUUCCCAUCUCAUUGUGUAUGAGAUUUUAAAUGUAUGUAAUUUUUUCUAGCAUCCAUUUGUUAUCAAGUAAUAAUGCAGUGUUUCUUCUCAUCUCAUUGUUUUCGAGUCACUGAAAUCAUUGUAAUAAUGUAUCAAGAAAUUCAACAAGUGGAUGAAUUGGCCAACCAUUCAGGGGAAAACAUGAAUUUGGUCAUUUUCAUCAUAGUUACUGUUCUUGACAUCAUUUCGAUUUCCUUACCAAUGUGAUGAUAUCUUUUGUGUGUUUUCACCCAUAUUUAUGCAGAUCUAUCGAGCUGUGAACUUGGAUGCCAAUGACUUACCGUAGUGUUUUCGUACAUUCACCCUUUCAAGUCCCCAUAAUAUUUUGAUUAAUGCUAUGUAUAAACUUGUGUUUGUUCACUGUAUAAAUUACCACUUGGUCUUCAUACUGCGAUCUCCAAUAUGGUAUAAUAGGGUUGUCCCAGUUAAUUGUUUUUGAAGGGAUUGUAUUGAUUUGAGAUGAUUUUGAAUAUAAAUUCCCAAGUAUUGGUGUCAACUCAGUUAGAGUUGUUAUGAACGGCAAUGAACGGAGUAUAAUUGGUUUUUCUCUUUCAGCACGUAUAAUCUAUUAGAGAAGCUGGCCUACAAUGUUAUGAUAGGUUUUUAUUCCAAAUUAUCUACAGGUGCGUUUAAUAGGAUAUUGCACUGAUGGCUCACUGUUCCUCGUUUAUGAGUACAUUGAGAACGGCAACUUGAGCCAACAUUUGCGUGGUUCAUCUGGUGAGAUCAGUAACAUGACAAGUUGAACCUUCUUUUGAUAAUAUCUUUCUUACUCUCUUAUGCUUCUUGGUAGUUCAAAUUUCACAUUGGUUUGAGAUGUCUCUUAUUUUCACAGGAAAGGGGCCCCUUUCAUGGUCAGUCAGGACUAAGAUUGGCCUUGAUUCAGCAAGAGGUCUUGAAUAUAUACAUGAGCACACUGUUCCACUGUAUAUCCAUCGUGACAUUAAAUCGGCUAAUAUAUUGAUAGAUGAGAAGCUUCGUGCAAAGGUAGUCCUCAAUUUCUCUUUUUAUGAAAGAUUGAAGAUCCUUGGGUAGGAUUCAGGAUUCCUGACUCGCAAUUCUUUUUAGGUCGCAGAUUUUGGAUUGACAAAGUUUACCAAGCCUGGUGAUGCAUCUUUGCAAUCAAAGGUUGUCGGAACAUUUGGUUAUAUGUCUCCUGAGUAAGAAACCUUUCUGCUUGGAGUAUCAUUUUCUAUGCAGAAAGAAAAAUCUGUAGUACUUUUUAGAUAUGCUGAAAUGCUGGUCGAUCUUAAGUCCUAAAUUUUUCGUUAUUCUGGUUUAUGUAAUUUGUUUAAUCCUUUUGUCUUCUCCUUCUAUAAGAUUCUCAUCACUUGAUUCUAAAACGAAAUGCUUAAAUUGACUUAUUUUUUUGUAUCCCAUGAACGAUUUGUGUGUUCAGGAUUUUGGCUAUCUUUCAAUCCUUGUGUAUUUCAACAUGGGACUAGUACUUCACAUAAAUAACUGGGAUAACUAUUCUAAAACACUUAUUUCAUUCAGAUGUCUCAUAUAUUAUUUACCUAUAUUUUUGUGACGGUUGACAUAGCUAUUUGUUUAUACAGUUUUAGAACACUACGUGCUACUGCCAAAAUUUGCUGAUGUUUUGAGACUGUUAUUCUUUGAUUCUCCAAUGCUUCUUUGAUGAUGCAGAAAAUGAUGAUACUACGUUGUAAUUCUUUAAAAAACCAUCAGCAAUGGGCCGAACGUUGACUGAAGUGGUUGGUAGCUGUUUUAAGAAAUCACCGUCUAGAAUACCACGCCACUUUUAUGUUUCACUUGCAUAUGGAAGUCUUACUAUUAUUCUGCAGCAAAAAAGGAGAAAUAUUAUUUACUAUUUUUUAUUUGCUGCCAGAAGACAGUAUGAGAUUGUUGCAAUUUCAUUGAUCUAAGCUAUUGCACCUUGUAGUUUGCACCCUGUCCAAACAUGAAUUGCCAUUCAACAAGGGAUCUGAUCUCUUAGUCUACACACGAUAUUUUCUAAGGUCUCAUUUCUUAUUUGUGCAAAAGCACCUGAAAGAUUGAGAAAGUGGCUGUUAUAUAUACCCUAUUUGCGAGGAGCCAUCGAAAUUAUUACUUUAUUCCUCACAUGAAUGACUCGAAGAAUGCACUGAGCGUGGGGAGUCUUAACUGAGAGUACAGUAGUGGGUUUUCUUUCUAUCUCCUUAGUCCUGGUAUAGAAAAAAUCUUUAACUUCCCUUCCAGAUAUUUGCCAAGAAACUGCAUUUUAUAUGAGUUUCGAUUCAGACAACCAUUCCAUUGUGAUGCAACCUCGCUCAAAGUUGUGCAAUGAUAAGGACACUUUACCUAACUAAAUAUGGACACAAUCCAUUGGAAGAUGAUCUGUAGAUUCUGUCUGGCUUCUACACAACAUACAAAGUUCUUCCGAUUCCCUGUCUGAACUUGCUAUAGUGUUUCACACGCUGGUGACGUUUUUUGAGCUACUUCUUACAUGAAGUUUUUUAUUUCCAUAUAGAUGAUCUUCGUCCAGAGUUCCUAUCAAAAUACUCUUCCGCUCCAUCAAAAGAGAUUCUGUUAAUUAGAAAAAAAUCUCCUGUCUUUAUUAUGCCCCGUUAACUUUUAUUCUUUCUCUGUCUGCAGGUAUGCACGAUAUGGUGAAGUCUCUCCAAAAGUAGACGUGUACGCUUUUGGUGUUGUUCUUUACGAACUUAUUUCAGCAAAACCAGCGAUUGUCAAAACCAGUGAAUCUGGCACCGAAUCCAGGGGACUAGUUGAUCUGGUGAUUUCCUCACCCCUUAUCCCCGAUAACGGCUUCUCCCUGCUGGUCUCAGUCCUUUUAGGUCGAUCGGUAAACUAAGAAUUCAAGCACUCGGCAGCUUGGAUCAUUUAUCAAAUCGUCCUUCGGCAUCGCAAUAACCUCUCCGAGCUGUUCUUCUUAAACCCAUUUCAUCUAAAGACUAUUUUCCAAACAAAUAUUAACUUAUUUAUUUCUGUCUUGGUCUGCAGUUUGAGGUUGUAUUUAGUCAGUCCGAUAGCUGUUCCUCUUAAACCGAUUUCAUCUAAAUACUAUUUUCCAAACAAAUAUUAACUUUUUUUUUUCUAUCUUGGUCUGCAGUUUGAGGUUGUAUUUAGUCAGUCCGAUAGCUGUUCCUCUUAAACCGAUUUCAUCUAAAUACUAUUUUCCAAACAAAUAUUAACUUUUUUUUUUCUAUCUUGGUCUGCAGUUUGAGGUUGUUUUUAGUCAGUUCGAUGGCUGUUCUUCUUAAACCCAUUUCAUCUAAAGACUAUUUUCCAAAAAAAUAUGAACUUAUUUGUUUCAAUCUGGGUCUGCAGUUUGAGGAUGUUUUUAGUCAGCCCGAUCCAAAAAGUGAUCUGCCCAGGCUAAUCGAUCCAAGGCUGGGCAGUGAUUACUCCCUUGACUCUGUUUACCAGGUGAGCUUUUAAGUCAAUCGGGAAUCUCUUUCAUGUACAUUUAAUACAUUUUCCUCGUCAGCAUCAGGACGCCCCCUUGUUUUUCCUUGCCUUCGUCUGUUAGCAGAUGGCUCAGUUGGCCAGGAUCUGCACGCAUGAGGAAGCCCAACGGCGGCCGGACAUGCGGGAGGUCGUUGUCGCGCUGAUGACGCUAUCUUCUUCCACUGGCGGCUGGGACGUCGGUGCCCUCGUCGGGAACCCGGCCCUCCUCAACCUCAUGUCCGGAAGGUAG